AUGAAGUUCAGUAAGGAUGUGAAAAUGUCGACGGCAAGGAAGUCCUCUCGCCGGUCGACUACUGUAGAUUUGCAGAAAUUGCAGAAGCAGCCUUUGGCCGAUUUUGUGAAGAGUCGCUACUUUGCUGUGGGUUCCGCACUUGUGAUCAUCAUGAGCACCGUGUUGAUUGGCAUUGAGACCCAGAUUUUUUCUAGCCUGUCCCACCAGAGGUCAGACUCGCAGCACAUCGCGAUGGCCCUAUCGGCAGCGAAUUACUUACUCACUUUGGUGUUCGCGGUGGAGGUGCUGAUGCGAAUAUACGUGCUAGGAAUCAUGCACCCAGGCGACAGGGUGUGGAACUGCUCCGACAUUGCAAUCCUGCUCCUGGCGCUGGCCGAGAUCGCUCUGGAGCUUGUGGUGCUCGCGAUCUUGGGCAAGGAUCAUAACCUCUGCGAUGGCGGUGGGAUGGCGAAGAUGGUGCGCCUGUUUCGCCUUACUCGGCUUCUCCGAAUCAUCCUGACGUUUCGCCAGUUGAAGCCGCUGCGUGUGUUGGUGCAUUCCAUAGCAUCCGCUGGCAAGUCCGUGUUCUGGGCCCUCAUGCUUCUCUUCAUGAUCAUAUUCUCCUUUGGAGUGAUCUUGACUCAGGCUGUGUCUGAGCAUACCGAAGGCGGCACGCGAGUCGAUGACGAUGAUCUAGUUUCGUACUACAGAGACCUCUUACGGUCAAUGCUCAGUCUUAUGAUGGUUGUGUCCGGGGGUAUCAGCUGGCAUGAGCUAGCAGCGCCGCUGCAGGGAACUGGGAACAUUGGGUGGUUGAUCCUAUUUCUGGUUUACAUUACAUUCGUGUACUUCUUUGUGCUGAACGUUGUGACAGGUGUGUUCUGCCAGAAUGCGAUCGAAGGGGCUCAACAGGAUCUGGAUCUUACCAUUGAGGCGCAGCUCAGGGAGAAGCAGGUAUACGCGGACCGCCUCAAGUUGCUUUUCGAGGAGAUGAACCAGGAUUGCGAUCCUGAAGAUGGGCUGACUGCGGCCGAUAUAAACGAGCAGAUGGAGAAGCCCAAAGUGCAGUCGUUUUCAAGGCCUUGGACAUUGACGCAAAGCAGACGUGGAAGCUGUUCAAGGUUCUGGACUCCGCCAACUCUGGCGCCAUCUCCCUCCAGGACUUCGUCGAAGGGUGCCUGCAGAUGA